AUGACUGUUUACACACUGAGUCGAUUCCGCAUAUUAAUUGCUCCGAAUUGGCUGAAAGCUGAUCGUGGGCAUGCAUGGAGUACGGGUGUGCAGUGGAUUAAUAAGAGAACAACUUUCGAUCGGCACACAACCAACUAUCAGGCGUGGCGAGAGCAGAUGACUGUAUGCGAUCUGCUGCAGGAGUACGAUGCAGCUGUACGCCCAAGUGGGCGAACGCCAUUCAACAACAGUAGAGGCCCUGUCAUAGUGACAACGAGUCUCAACAUUCGAUCUAUCUCUGCUGUAUCUGAAAAAAACAUG